AUGCUCAUUCCGACCCAAACACCGGCGGAGAGGCCGUUCUCUCUCGAACACGCCAUGCUGCAUAUGCGAGCUUUGGGAUUCGCUAGUACUUCCAACAUCACCUGCGCAGCACCUCAGCCUGGCCUCGUCGGCGAGCCUAUCACUGGUUCCUUGACCUUUCACCACAUCAUGAUCCUGAUAGCGGCUGCAUGUAUGGGUGUCACAGUCCUCAGCACGAUCUACGCAUCUUGGACCCAUCUCCAUCGAUACACUAUACCACAGGAGCAACGUCAAAUCCUGCGCAUCAUUAACUUGCCUGCGGCAUACAGUAUCUUCAACUUCCUCGCACUGCUAUUCUACAACGACUACUACUACAUAGCACCAAUCGCCGGAGUAUACGAGGCCUUCACAGUUGCUGCGCUUUUCCUGCUGAUGCUCGAAUUCGUUUGCCCGGAUGGAACAGAUCGGGAAAAGUUCUUCGACGCUCUGCCUGCAGUGGACAAGAAAGGCAAUCCGGUUGGUGGUGGCAGUUUGCCAUGGUUCAAGCGAACCUGGGCGCAGGUUUUCCAGUACCCUCUCAGUAAACUGGUCUUCGUCGUCAUCCAGAUUGUGACGCAGUACUACCACGUGUACUGCGAGAACUCCUUCAGCCCGAAGUACGCUCAUCUCUGGCUGACGAUCGCCGAUUUCCUGUUCGUUGGUGGCGCGCUGGGAGCUACCAUCAAGUUCGUUCAGCGCAUGGGGAAGGCCAAGGCUUUCAACAUAAACCAGAAAAUACGAGCGAAGGUCUACUCGUAUAUAGGCAUACUGGUGUUCCAGAUGCUGCAGGAUAUUGUGUUCGGCCUCCUCAAUGGCAAGCUAUUUAACCCUUCUAAAAAGGUCACCUAUAACGACAUCAACUUCGGCAUCCCGGCUUUCCUCACAUGUUUGGAGACAGCCAUAUUCUCCUUCAUCUUCAUGUGGGCUUAUAGCUCCAAGGAGUACUCUGAAGGCCGUCGCAUGGAUCGUUUCGGCCAAGCGCCAGCAACACGCACUAAGACCUUCAAGGCCAUCUUCGAUGCUCUGAACCUGUCGGACAUUGUUGCCGGCACAGUGAUUGCGAUUGGAUCGCUAGUCAUGCGUAUUCAGAGUCGAUAUGGUGGCAGCUCGACGCCACAGCGCGAGAAGCUCAUGCAGGAUGGGGUGGGCAUGGAGCCAUUGUCAAAUCGCAACCGCAUGCGUGGCUACAGUGGAGGAUCAGACUUCGACGACCAGUACACCCCGCCACUGGACACCCAGUAUGACGGCCGCACGACAUACGCGCCUGCCAUGCCACAGGCCACGCGCGAUCCCUCGCCUCCAGAUCGUACGAGGACGUUUCGAGCGGAUGGGUUGAGACCACAGGAGUAUCAGCCUUUGACACGGUCGAGAGAUCAUAGUCCUAGCGGUGGGGCAGAACAGUACCCAAGGAACAUGGUCUAG